AUGGGUAAGAGAACUACAUCACCCCUCCAAAUAAAGUCCCCCAUUCACGGCAAUCUCGUUACGAUUCUGAGUAUUGAUGGAGGGGGAAUAAGAGGAAUCAUCCCCGGGAUUAUCCUCGCUUUCCUCGAAUCCGAACUUCAGGAACUAGAUGGUGAAGAUGCAAGGCUUGCAGAUUACUUUGACGUGAUUGCGGGCACGAGCACAGGGGGACUCAUUGCUGCCAUGUUAGCUGCAGAAAACAAAGACAAGCGCCCGCUGUUUGCUGCCAAAGACAUCAAGCCUUUCUACCUUGAGAAUUCUCCCAGAAUCUUUCCACAGAAGAGGGGAAUAGUUGGCGAGGUUGUGAAUCUAGUAAAAGCUGCAGUGGGAGCAAAAUAUGACGGGAAAUAUCUUCACGGGCUGUUAAGGCAUAUACUAGGGGAUGCAAGGCUGCAUCAGACCUUAACAAAUCUGGUCAUCCCAACCUUUGACAUCAAGCACCUACAGCCUAUAAUCUUUAGCACUUACGAGGCAGCGGUCAAUCCAUUGGUAGAUGCUCGCCUAUCAGAUAUAUGCAUAGGCACAUCAGCAGCACCCACUUAUCUUCCUGCCCAUUUCUUCGAAAAUCAAGACCAACAUGGAAACUUCAAGCAAUUCAAUCUUAUUGAUGGCGGAGUUGCUGCUAAUAAUCCGACAUUAGUUGCCAUUACGGAAGUAACCAAACAGCCGUUCAAGAAUAACCCAGAUUUCUUCCCAAUGAAGCCAAUGGAUUAUCAUCGUUUCCUAGUAAUCUCCAUAGGGACGGGCUCGUCAAAGAAGGAUCUCAAGUAUAGUGCCAAAGUGGCAGCGAAAUGGGGAUUCUUGGGCUGGCUGUACAACGAUCAUUCCACGCCAUUGAUAGAUGUUUUCACCCAAUCAAGUGCUGAAAUGGUGGACUACCACAACAGUGUUGUUUUUAAAGCUCUUCGUUCUGAGGAUAAUUACUUAAGAAUCAAUGAUGACACAUUAAGUGGGACACUGGCUUCAGUGGAUGUAGCCACAGAGGAGAAUCUGGAGAACCUUGUAAAGGUGGGCGAGAGGCUGCUAAACAAACCAGUUUCGAGGGUGAAUUUUGAGACGGACCAUUAUGAACCAGUUGAGAAUGGAGGCACCAAUGCAGAAGCACUGAGAAAGUUUGCGAAGCUGCUUUCUGCUGAAAAGAGACACAGGGAAGUGAAGUCCCUGCAGCUCGGUGAUGGUUCUAGCUAA